AGACGACGCGCCUUUAAAAGGGGAGCCUGCGCGCGUCGCCGGCUCAGAUUUGAUCGCUCUCUGCACUAAAAGCGCGAAGUGUUCCUGAAAGAAGCGACAUGGCACUGUUCCCGCUGCUGAACCGUGGUUCCUGGGGCCCCUCUGACUUGGUGAGGCGUUUCUUGGACGACGACUUCGGCGGUUCCUUCCUGGACGGUGAGCUGUUUGACCCGCCUUUCUACCACCAACGCUUCUACAUCGAGCCACGCCACCAGCAGUCGUCGACCGCCGUCUGCCCCGCUCGCCAGCAGGGCACCUCGGUCGCCUGCACGCCGGACAAGUUCGCCAUCAACGUCGACACCCGCCACUUCACUCCGGAGGAGAUCACCGUCAAGACGCAGGACAACAGCGUCGUCAUCCACGGCAAGCACGAAGAGAAGUCUGACGACCGUGGCUGCUACGUGAAGCGCGAGUUCACGCGCCGCUACGUCCUGCCCGAAGACGUAGACCCCGAGUCGGUGAAGUGUCACCUCAAGCCUAAUGGUACGUUGGCCCUCGAGGCACCGCGUAAGAACGCGCCCAAGGAGCAACCGAAGGCCAUCCCGAUUCAAGUGAAGCACGAAGGCGCCAGCAGCAACGCUGUGAAGAACAAGUAAACAAUGAGACGUCACCGUCUCACGUCGGGGCCCAAUUGGCGAUGCUGGGCAUCAGUUUGUGUCUGUGUGAGUGUCGGUUAAUCGUCUCGUGGUGACUGCUGAUAACUCCUGACUGUUUAUAUCUUUAUGUCGUGAACGCGAAAGGUUGUGCUCCUGAAUGAGUGAUUAUAAUCUUAUGUUGUGAAGGCGAAAGUUUGUGCUAUCGACGUGUGACUGGCGUUAAUUCCUGUCUUUUCUAUGUGCCUUAAGGCGCUUAAAUAAACAGUAUUUUCUGCA